CCGCGGUGGGCCCGCCCGCCCCCUCCUCUCGAUCCGGGGUACCCCUCCCUCCGGCCGGGUGCCGUCCGUGCCCACCUCUGGCCCCGGCCCCAGCGUACCUCACCCCGCAUGUCCUUGGCGGGUGUGCCCCGCCCUCCCCUCCCCGCCGCCCGGUACCCUAGUGUACCGCACCUCCUUGGCUUCGGACUCCUUGGGUACCCCACCUGCCCGCCGCCUCCGUACCCCCAGUGCAUCCCGCCCCGCCCCCGCUGGCCGAUGCACCCUCCGCAGUUCCCUCCGCUUGACCCUCCACUGUGCUUCCCCCCGACCCCGGCGCUGCCACCCGCCAGCGGACUUCUCCCGGCCCCAUGGAGUGGAGAGGGGCGGCUGCGGCCUCCUCGCGCGGACCUGCGGGCGGGGUGGGGGUGCGUGGUGCGCGGAGCCCGGCUUCGGGGUGUGGCUGGGGUGGCGUAGAGGUGAGGUCACAAGGGUCUGGAGAGGGGAGGCGGGCAGUGCCUCCUUUCUCUCUUGGUGGCCUGGUCAUUCUUCCUGAGAAGUCACCCCAGGGCCUCGGAGGGGGAAGCCAAGGAUCUGGAGCCAUGGUGGGAGAGGGGGCUUCCCUGGGGGAGGCUGCGGGAGGGCAGGGGGCUGCUGUAGCUGCUCCAGCCUGGGGUGACCAUGUGAAAACCAGCUGCAGGAGCUGGGAGACCCAGGACACCCAGUGUGGGGGACCUUUUGGGGCUCACUGGCUGAGGUCCACCCAGCACUGUCUAGCCAGUGGCUGGAGGAUGAGCCCAGCAGACCCUGACGCGGCUUCCCUCUGCCUGAGGGGCCCAGGUAGGUGGGGCCCUCCCCCCAGAGCCCCAGAGGUGCAGCUGAACAGCCCAAGGGGCUGGACAUGGAUGGCGUGAAGCCCUGGUUUAAGGCCCUCAAGGGGAAGAAGCCAGAGUCGUGGCUGCCUGAAGCGAACGGGCAGCCCUCUGCCCCGCCAAGCCCAGCGAUGGCCUGGGGCCAGCCCAGUGCCCAGAGCGGCAGUCAGCAGGUGCUGCAGACUCAGGACUGGGUGUGCGAGCCGCAGGAGAGCAGCUACCCGAGCCGGCGCUGGAGCCUCAGCAUCGAUCAGCGCCGGCGGCAGGCUCUGCGGGGCGGCAACGACGGCGGGUGGACACAGUCCCUCAGGGACCUCUCGCAGAUCGUGGCCCAGCUGGUGUCCGAGGACGUGGACAAGGACGUGCUCCUCCCCCAUCCGCCGAGGACCGCCGAGUCCACCAAGGCCUUCCAAGCCGCCUUGGUCCGGAGUGCGCCUUUCCGGCACAACGUGACUUUGGAGGCCCAGGCCUCGAGGUCUCGGCCCUCUUAA